CCAAAUGUCAUGGCUGACGAAGAAUCAAGUGCCCGAUCCAUCAAAAAGGGAAGCUUGUUACCUGACGACUCCCAGAGCAGCACAACUGAGUCCAGCAUGCUGCUGCAGAAGCUGAAGAACGCUAUCUCCAAAUCCGUGCAGAACAAAGUCGACUCUAUCCUGCAAGAUGUGCAGAAGUUCUCUGACAAUGACAAGCUCUACCUCUACCUCCAGCUGCCAUCAGGGCCGAGCCUGGGAGAGAAAAGCAGCAGCCUGGAUCUGAGUUCGCUGAGCACAGCCGAGUACAUGCACGCAUGCAACUGGAUCCGGAACCACCUGGAGGAGCACACUGACACCUGCCUACCCAAGCAGGACGUCUAUGAUGCCUACAAGCGAUACUGCGAUAACCUCUGCUGUCGCCCUCUCAGCGCUGCCAAUUUUGGGAAGAUCAUCCGUGAGAUCUUCCCAAACAUCAAAGCCAGAAGAUUGGGAGGCCGAGGACAAUCGAAGUACUGCUACAGUGGGAUCCGGAGGAAGACGGUGGUCAGCUUGCCACCCCUGCCUAGCCUGGAUCUCAAAGUGACAGAGACCCAGUCAGAGCUGACGGAUCUGGUGCAGUCCUACAACAGCGAGGUGAUGGAGGCAGCCUGCGCCCUGACCUGUGAUUGGGCCGAGAAGAUCCUCAAACGCUCGUUCAACAACAUUGUGGAAGUGGCCCAGUUCCUUAUCCAGCAGCACAUCAUCAGCUCCCGCUCGGCCCGGGCUGACCUGGUCAUGGCCAUGGUGGUCUCAGAGAGUGCAGAGAAGACUCACCGGGACAGUCGGUCUCUGCUAACAGCAAAGAAGAACGGCCUGGAAACCUCGGAGAGCAGUGACGGGAGCCAGGGGCAGAGCAAGAAGGAAAGUGGCUCCAAGCCUUCUGUCUCGCCCCGGACUGAGAAGAAGAAGCCCCCUGAAGCCCCCAAGCCCAUGAGCAGCCCCCAAGUGAACGCCCUGGUUGCCCGCCUGCCCCUGCUCCUGCCUCGCAUCCAGCCAAGGGACAGACUCCCGCCCAGCGACGCCAUGCCGCUGAAGCGGAGGCGCGGGCGGCCGCGGAAGAAGCUGGAUGAGGGGGGUGCCCAGUCCCCAGAGGAGGCUCCGUCAGGCACUGAGGAGGCAGCAGGAGGGAGCGAAGCGCUCUGGCUGGACUCCGUGGACAGGGCAGAGCAGGAGCAGACUGUGACGCGAGGCUCAGACAUUUCCACAGGUGGCCGAGGGGUGCGCAACCCCUUGUCCAGAGAGACAGGAGACCAUUGCCAUGGAGCAUAUCCAGGUGCUGAGUCCGGGAGCAGCACACCUGGCAAAGGCACUGCUGCCAGCCACGUUGGGGACAGCCCAGCAAAAGCCUCCCUGCCCUCCCAGGUGAGCGUCAUCCAGGACGGCAGGUCCAGCAUGAAGGUCCACGCCAGAGCUGGCACCCAGGAGCUGGAGGAAGACGUGCAGACAAGCCCAGGAGAGGAGGGACCCCUCUCCUACCCCCUCGCACAGCGACAGACAGACAGAGGCUGGGAGAAGUCCACUCUUGCUGCCCCCUCCCGCGUUGCUGCCUGGGAGCAGCGCUGCCGCUGGCUCCCCGUGGUUUGA